CCCCUCGGUGGCGUGACACGGUAGCGUCCAAGUAUUGUAAACAUGGCAUAUCACUCAAAUCCUUCCGUGCGGCGAGAUGGAGGCCCCGCCCCCUGGGCCGUCCCUUGCGGGGUUCGUGAUAUUAAUAGCAACACCGGCGCGUCUCGGGAGACAGACCUGUUUGCAGGCGCUCCAGGCACACACACACACACACACGCACGCACGCAAGCACGCAGGCAGGCGCGCGCGCGCAGACAGUCGGCCCCCGCCGCCAGGGCUCGUCUUCGCCCCACACCUGCUCAGCAAGCAGCCGGGCGACAAUGAAACUGGAAGUUUUCUCCGCGCUGCACUUCGCCCACAAGCCGCUGGAGUUGUGCGCCGGCGCCGACGCCGGGGGGGUCCCUUCUCCUCUGUCCGGAGACGAGCUGGGCUCGGACGGGGACUGCGCGGCCAACAGCCCGCCGCCCGCGGCGCCGGGCGCGGCGGAGCCCGGCAAGGGCAAGCCGUACACGCGCAGACCCAAGCCUCCCUACUCGUACAUCGCCCUCAUCGCUAUGGCCAUCCGCGAGUCGGGCAGCGGCCGCCUCACCCUGGCCGAGAUCAACGACUACCUGAUGAACAAGUUCCCCUUUUUCCGCGGCACCUACACCGGCUGGAGGAACUCGGUGCGCCACAACCUGUCCCUCAACGACUGCUUCCUCAAAGUGCUUCGCGAUUCGUCCAGACCUUGGGGCAAGGACAACUACUGGAUGCUCAACCCCCACAGCGAGUACACGUUCGCCGACGGGGUGUUCCGCCGCAGGCGGAAGCGCCUGGCCAAGAGGGCCCCCAAGGAGCGGGAGCUCGCCGACGUCACGGCGGAGGACGCCCAUCGCCUCCGGCCCGCCCCCGAGGAGAGCGCGACGACGGCGGCGGCGGUUAAGUUCCGCGGCCCCUUCGCCAUCGACAGCAUCCUGGGCAAGCCCUUCGAACGCGGGGAAGUCGAGUGCGCGAGGGCGCGCGCGCGCGGGCUUUUCUGGCCCCCGGGCCCCGGCGUGCAGCCGCCCUACGCUCUGAACUUGCCCGGGCAUGGCGGCUACCCGGCGGAAGCGGCCGGAGGGGACCCGCUCAGCCUGCACCUGCCGCGCAGACCCCCACCCGUGGACGCCCCCCGCGCGCUCCAGACGCCCCCGAAGGCGGCGAGCUUUCACAUAGACUUUCUGCUCUCGUGAGGACGACUCGCGAGCACUUUUUGGCGUGCAUGGGCGACCUCGGUUCGCGUCGCCACCCCCCCCCCUCCCACUGAGGCCAUUGCGUC